AUGACACCGCCCUACAUCAGGUUCAACACAGUUUAUUCCAAGGAAAGCGACAUCGAGAAAGCUGAUGAAUUUCUGAGACUCUACCUUCCUUAUUCCAGUGUCUAUGGAAACGACAAGCGGCACGCCUACGAUAUAUUGGCGUUCCUAUCCACGAAGACAAAUGCACCAAUGGUGAACUAUAUCGAUUUCAUCACCAAGAAGUGCGGGCACCUUCAGAACGAGAUCCUGCGCGUCUGUUUCUUCAGUUCAUCUCAACCAUAUGGCCACACGUGA